CACAAAACAUAAGCAAAAUAAAGUGAGAGAAAUUAGUUUUUUGUUUCCGGGAAACAGUUACUACGUACUUACUAGGUUUAGUAGGGGUUGCAUUAAGGUUAAAACUUCUUCUGUUAUCUGGUGGCAUGGAGGGUGGGAGUAGUUUCAGGAUUGGUAGUUCAUCCAUUUGGAGGGUCGACAGUGACACGAAUAUCUUCUCAAACUCUUUCCACCAAGAAGAUGAUGAAGAGGCUCUCAAAUGGGCUGCCAUUCAGAAACUUCCUACCGUUGCACGCUUGAGGAAAGCUUUGCUGACUUCAUCCGAAGGGGAAAUCAGCGAGAUCGAUGUGAAGAAACUUGGGUUGCAAGAAAGGAGAGCUUUACUUGAAAGGCUGGUGAGAACUGUUGAAGAUGACAAUGAGAAGUUUUUGCUCAAGCUCAGGAACCGAAUUGAUAGAGUUGGAAUCCAUCUUCCUACUGUAGAGGUUCGGUUUGAGAACUUGAACGUGGAAGCAGAAGUUCAUGUCGGAACUAGAGCCUCACCUACCUUCUUUAACUUUAUGUUUAAUAUAGUGGAGGGUUUGUUGAACUUUCUUCAUAUUCUUCCAAGUAGAAAACAACAUAUAACUAUUAUCCGGGAUGUUAGUGGAAUAAUAAAGCCUGGCAGAAUGACAUUGCUUUUGGGCCCUCCAAGUUCAGGAAAAACAACGCUGUUGUUGGCGUUGGCUGCAAAACUUGAUCCAAAAUUAAAGUUCUCUGGAAAGGUGACUUACAAUGGUCAUGAGAUGAAUGAGUUUGUACCCCAAAGAACUGCUGCUUAUGUCAAUCAAAAUGAUCAUCAUGUUGCAGAAUUGACAGUCAGAGAGACCUUGGCCUUCUCAGCUAGAGUCCAAGGAGUUGGAACUCACUAUGAUUUGCUUGCAGAAUUAUCUAGAAGAGAAAAAGAGGCAAAUAUCAGGCCUGAUCCAGAUAUUGAUGUCUACAUGAAGGCUGUAGCAACUGAAGGCCAGAAGGCAAAUUUGAUAACAGAUUAUGUCCUCAGGAUUUUGGGACUGGAGACCUGUGCUGAUACUAUUAUAGGAAAUGAAAUGUUAAGAGGGAUCUCUGGUGGACAAAAGAAACGCCUUACAACAGGAGAAAUGCUGGUUGGACCAACUAAAGCUCUAUUCAUGGAUGAAAUAUCUACUGGUUUGGAUAGCUCAACAACUUUCCAAAUUGUGAAUUCAGUCAAGCAAUGUGUUCAUAUUCUCAAAGGAACCGCAGUCAUCUCACUCCUGCAGCCCACACCAGAGACUUACAAUCUUUUUGAUGACAUUAUACUACUCUCUGAUAGUCAUAUUGUGUACCAGGGUCCCCGCGAACAUGUGCUGGAAUUUUUCAAAUCAAUGGGUUUUAAAUGUCCUGAGAGGAAAGGUGUGGCAGACUUUUUGCAAGAAGUAACAUCAAGGAAGGAUCAGGAGCAGUACUGGGCAGACAAAGAUCAGCCUUAUAGAUUUGUCACAUCCAAAGAGUUCUCAGAGGCACAUAGAUCAUUUCAUGUUGGAAGAAGCCUUGUUGAAGAACUUGCUACUGAAUUUGACAAGUCUAAGAGCCACCCAGCUGCUUUGACAACCAAAAAGUAUGGAGUAGGAAAAUGGGAACUGUUCAAAGCUUGUUUAUCACGAGAAUAUUUACUUAUCAAGCGCCAUUCAUUUGUUUACACCUUCAAGCUUAGUCAACUUUCUGUAGCAGCAUUUGUUGCCAUGACUGUUUUCCUCCAGACUGAGAUGCACAGAGAUUCAGUGAUUGAUGGCGGAAUAUAUGUGGGUGCAUUGUUCUAUGGCCUUGUUGUGAUUAUGUUCAAUGGAAUGCCUGAACUUUCCAUGGCUGUUUCGAGGCUUCCUGUUUUUUACAAGGAAAGGGAUAAUCUAUUUUUUCCUUCAUGGGCAUAUGCUCUUCCUGCAUGGCUCCUAAAAAUCCUCAUGAGUUUUGUGGAAGUGGGUGUUUGGGUAUUCCUCACCUACUAUGUCAUUGGUUUUGAUCCAUAUGUUGGAAGAUUUUUUAGGCAAUAUCUUGUUCUUGUACUAGUAAAGCAGAUGGCUUCAGCAUUAUACCGAUUUGUUGCAGCACUUGGGAGGGAAUCGACAGUAGCUCUAACACUUGGGUCGGGUACAAAUGCCACCCUUUUGGCUAUGAGUGGUUUUGUCCUAUCAAAAGACAAUAUAAAAAAAUGGUGGCUAUGGGGCUUCUGGAUGUCACCUACGAUGUAUGGACAGAAUGCCAUGGUAAAUAAUGAAUUCCUUGGAAAGAGAUGGAGACAUAUUUUACCUAACUCGACGGAGCCGCUAGGCAUUGAAGUUUUGAGAUCCCGGGGAUUCUUCACUCAGUCAUACUGGUAUUGGAUAGGUGUUGGGGCGUUGAUUGGAUAUACAUUACUUUUCAAUUUUGGAUACAUCCUUGCUCUCAUGUACUUGAGUCCACCCGGAAAGCACCGGGCUGUUUUAUCAGAGGAACCUCAAAGCAAUGAACAGAAUGGUGGUAGCAAAAAAGGAACUAAUGUGCUGAGGCACAUAAAAUAUAGUUUAUCUCAGCACUCCAAUAAAGGGAGAAAAGGCAAAAGGGUAAGUGGAAGCACAUCUUCUCAUACUUUACCUGCUAGUGGAAUGGUUCUUCCUUUUCAGCCACAUUCUAUCACCUUUGAUGAAGUAACAUAUGCUGUGGACAUGCCACAGGAAAUGAGGGACCAAGGUGUUGUCAAGGAUAAAUUGGUUCUUUUGAAGGGUGUCAGUGGAGCUUUUAGGCCAGGUGUUCUCACUGCUCUAAUGGGUGUCACUGGUGCAGGCAAAACAACUCUGAUGGAUGUACUUGCUGGUAGAAAAACUGGAGGAUAUGUUGGAGGUAACAUCAAAAUCUCUGGGUAUCGGAAGAAGCAAGAAACAUUUGCAAGGAUUUCUGGAUACUGUGAGCAAAAUGACAUUCACUCUCCUCAUGUUACUGUGUAUGAAUCCUUGCUUUAUUCUUCUUGGCUCCGAUUGUCUCCAGAUAUCAAUGUUGAAACCAGGAAGAUGUUCAUUGAGGAAGUCAUGGAACUUGUGGAAUUGAAACCACUAAGGCAUGUAUUAGUCGGAUUUCCUGGUGUUACUGGUCUCUCAACAGAGCAAAGAAAAAGGUUGACUAUUGCAGUUGAACUUGUAGCAAAUCCUUCCAUAAUAUUCAUGGAUGAGCCAACUUCUGGGUUAGAUGCAAGAGCUGCUGCUAUUGUCAUGAGAAUAGUUAGGAACACAGUAGACACAGGAAGAACAGUUGUUUGUACUAUCCAUCAGCCCAGCAUGGACAUAUUUGAAUCUUUUGAUGAGCUUUUCCUAAUGAAGCAAGGAGGGCAAGAGAUUUAUGUGGGACCACUUGGACACCAUUCAUCCCAUUUAAUUAGUUACUUUGAGGGAAUCCAAGGUGUCAGUGAGAUUAAAGCUGGCUACAAUCCAGCAACAUGGGUGUUGGAAGUUACAAAUUCAUCAAAAGAAAUGGAACUGGGGAUUGAUUUUGCCGAGGUGUUCAAAAAUUCAGAGUUAUGCAGGAGAAACAAAGAACUUGUUAAAGAAUUGAGUACUCCAGCCCCUGGUUCGAAAGACCUUUAUUUUCCUUCACAAUACUCAACUUCCUUCUUCAUGCAAUGCAUGGCUUGCUUGUGGAAACAACAUAGGUCUUAUUGGCGCAAUACUCGAUACACUGCCCUAUCAUUUAUUUACUCAACUACUUUAGCUGUUUUGUUAGGGAGUAUGUUUUGGAACCUUGGCUCUAAAAUUGAAAAGCAACAAGAUCUUUUAAACGCCUUGGGCUCCAUGUAUGUUGCUGUCCUCCUUAUUGGCAUUAAGAAUGCUUAUUCAGUGCAGCCAGUGGUUGCUGCUGAGCGAAUAGUCUUUUAUAGGGAAAGAGCAGCUGGAAUGUAUUCUGCUUUACCAUAUGCUUUUGCUCAGGUUCUGAUUGAGAUUCCAUAUGUACUUGUACAAGCUGUGGUCUAUAGCCUUAUAGUUUAUGCAAUGAUUGGUUUUGAGUGGACUGUGGCUAAAUUUUUCUGGUUCCUAUUCUUCAUGUACUUCAACUUCCUGUGCUUCACCUACUAUGGCAUGAUGUCAAUGGCAGUGACCCCAAACCAACACAUUUCUUCUAUAGUUUCAACUGGAUUCUAUUCAGCAUGGAAUAUCUUCUCAGGGUUCAUAAUCCCACGGCCUAGAAUCCCAGUGUGGUGGAGGUGGUACAGUUGGGCAAAUCCAAUUGCUUGGAGCAUGUAUGGAUUGGUGGCUUCACAAUAUGGAGAUAUAAAGGAAAACAUCGAAUCCACCGACGGGACAACAACAGUGGAAGACUUUGUAAGAAGUUACUUUGGUUACAAGCAUGAUUUUCUGGGAGUGGUUGCAACUGUGAUUGCUGCAUUUGCAGUAGUUUUUGCAUUGGUCUUUGCCAUAUCAAUGAAGAUGUUUAAUUUCCAAAGGCGUUAAUAACGCAGUCACGUAUUUUGUAUAGGAUGUUCCACGUAUCAUUUUGUAAGAAAAUAUCCACAAAGCUCUGUACUCGUUUAUUUUUCAAUAAUGUGUAUGGUAGUCCGACAAUAGAUAGUCUAUGUAACACUAGAUAUUAUUAAUGAAUGCACAUGUCAAGGUUUCUUUACUUCUAA